ACAUUUUGAAUCGCGCUGACCCACACGGGCUUCCGUAGGCGCUGACUGAGGAAUGAUGGCUGUUUGGUUAUGGUUCCGCUGCCUGUUCGGGCCCAGUCUGCACCGGAUCCAUCGCUCACAGGACCACGCCAGACCCGAGGCCAGAACAGGAAGGAGGGGUUGGGAUUACCAGCCAAGAGGUUUGGAAAGACACACUGACAGCAUCCUUGGUUGGGCUUCAGUGCUGUGGUCCCUGUCCUAUUACAGCUCGCCUCUCAUACUCUGCUAUCUGUACAGGAAAGGUUAUAUCUGCAGCAGUAAGCUUGUUCCUGUCAGCCAGUACAUUGGCACGGUGUUGGUCUGUUUACUGGGAGUAGCGUGUCUGAGAGGCUGGGGUCGCUGGAGAAACCCCGAGUAUCACCAGUUCGUCACCAUUCUGGAGGAGACCAAGAAGAACCACACCAGCAGCAACAAGAAAAAACUGGCCUGCUAUGACUUCGACUUCUCACACUGGCCAGCAGAUUUCAGCUGGAGAGAAGUCAGCAAUCCGAAGUUGUCUAAGGCGGGAGUUUCGCUGCUGAAGCCAGAGCCCAAGCACAGAGGAACAGCGGACAGUCUGCUGAAUUCAGUACGAACACUACCUUGCCACGUCGUCAGCUAUCUGGUAGCUCACUCGUUUGGCCGCAGGAUGCUGUACCCAGGCUCUGUGGGUCUCCUGCAGAAGGCCAUGAGGUCAAUGCUGCAGCAGGGCCAGGCCAAGCUGAUCGAAGAGUACGAUGGUCAGAGAAACAAGCUGGUGGCGUGUGACGGAAACCAAAUCGACACCAUGUUUGUGGAUCGGAGAGGAAACAGAGGCCCGAAUGGGAAAACUCUGGUGAUCUGCUGUGAAGGGAACGCAGGCUUCUAUGAGGUGGGCUGCAUGAACACUCCACUGGACGGUGGAUACUCAGUCCUAGGCUGGAAUCACCCAGGAUUCGCAGGCAGUACAGGGGUGCCGUUUCCUCAGAACGAAGCUAAUGCCAUGGACGUAGUGAUUCAGUUUGCUGUUCACAAACUGGGCUUCGAGUUGGGUGACAUUGUUGUGUACGCCUGGUCGAUAGGAGGAUUUACAGCCACUUGGGCGGCGAUGUCGUACCCCGAGAUCCGUGCCCUGGUUCUGGACGCCUCCUUUGACGACCUCCUGCCCCUGGCUUUGAAGGUCAUGCCCGAAAGCUGGAGACCGCUGGUGACGCACACGGUCAGGCAGUACAUGAACCUGAACAACGCAGAACAGCUGUGCAAGUAUCAGGGACCAGUCCUGUUGAUCAGGAGAACCAGGGACGAAAUUAUCACAACAACGGGACCAGAAGACAUCAUGUCCAACAGAGGAAACGAUCUCCUGCUGAAACUGCUCCACUACAGGUAUCCUAAAGUGAUGACAGAAGACAGCGUCCGAGCAGUCAGACAGUGGCUUGCAGCUGGAUCGCAAAUAGAAGAAGAGUCUGUGUACAUCGGGCACGAGGUGGAUGAUGACUGGUGCCUGUCUGUGCUGCAGUCUUAUCAAACCGACAGGGAAGCCCCUUUUCCCUGGAACAUCGGUGAGGACAUGGCGCAGGAAGGCACGCGGCAUCUUGCUCUCUUCCUGGCUCGAAAGUACAUGAGGAAUUUCGAGACGACGCAUUGCACUCCUCUCCCCAUCUCAGAGUUUCAAGUACCCUGGAAGCUCUAAAAGCCGGCGAAAGGCCGUGAUGGAGAGACUAACGAAAGCACUGGGAAACCUUGGUGGCGUUUUUAGUGUUGAAGAUAUGAUUGCGCAUUUUUUGUCAUUCAGGUGUCUGCAUGGAUAUUUUUAAGAAUUCACUGUCGAAGCUGGAACGUGAACAGGAAGAAGUUCCCAUGAAAGGAACUGGGCCAAUUUGUUAACUCUCAGUCUGGUUUUGUUCUCUGUUUUGUGAGCAGUCUUAUUUAUUAUGAGUCAUGCCCUAAAAUACAACCUGGAUGUUACUGUAUUAAAAGAGGUUAAUGAACCAAA